AUGAGCCUGCUGCUCGUGCUGCUGUACACUGCGCUGCACAAGCCCCUCAAGAAGAGAGGGGUCAGCGCAGACACCGUGACAGCGUACUGCGCCUCGGCCAUGGAGGAGGCCCUCCGAGCGAUGGAGGCCAGGCUGACGGCUGCGGAGCAGCAGAUCGCAGAGAGGACGGCCGAGCUCACCGAGGCCAGACGGGUCAUCGACCAGCUGAGCACCGCGGCGCCCGCUGCAGCAGGAGCCGCGGCCGUGCCUCAGCAGCCUAGCCGUGGCGAGAGCUCUCUCGUGGACACGAGGGCUCUGGGCAAGCCGCCGCUGUUUUCAGGUGACCUGACGGCGGACGGCAAGCCAGAAGGAGGUCUGGCGUGGCCGCAGUGGUCAUUCACCUUCAGGGCCUACGCUGGCGCGUUCGACCCGACCUGCAGGGACGCGCUGGAGUAUGCAGCCAACAAGGUCGACGACGAGCAGCAGAUCAGCAAUGUGACGAUGGACCUGAACGACAGGAAGCUCUCGUCGCAGAUCUACUACGUGCUGGCACUCACGUGUCGUGGGCGAGCGCUGUCGGUGGUGCAGCGCGUCCCAGAGGGCUGGGGCGUCGAGGCGUGGAGGCAGCUGCGCCGCGAGUUCGAGCCCAGGCUGCCGAGCCGCUUCCAGGGCAUGCUGCAGAGGCUGCUCGACCCUGUGCGAGGCCCAGACAUGUUGGAGAGCAUCUACACUUGGGAGCGCCAGCUGAAGGUCUACGAGGAGCAGUCUGGCGACCAGAUGGCUGACUCGAUCAAGCUGGCGACUUUGACCAACAAGCUCUUGGAUGGCCCCCUGAAGACCCACGUCAACCUCCAGGUAGGCCGCCUGCAGACGUACGAGGCCGCGAAGGCCGAGGUGAUCUCAUACCUUCGCGCGACGGCCAACCAGGAGGAGGAGCCAGUACCCAUGGAGUUGAACCCUGUGACUGGAGAGCUGCGCCCUAUGACACGGGGCAAGGCCGGCAAAGGCAAAGGCAAGGACAAGAGCGGCAAGGGAAAGAGCCACGACGGAAAGGGUAAGAACAAGAAGGUCUGCUUCUACUGCGCCAAGCCGAACCACACGAAGCAGGAGUGCAGGAUCUUAGCGAAGGACCGAGCAAGCAAGGACAUCAAGCCAGACAAGUCGGGACGCUACGCAGGCAAGCCAGUCGACAAGAUCACAGGCAAGCGCCUCGGGAGCGAGAAUGGCGACACGGCGGCGUUGACGGCUCUGUCCGACGACGGCUACUACUACGACGAGCAGGAUGGCUUCGUAUUCGCGCUGAUGGAGGGCGAGAACUCCAACGAGAUCGAGACGGGUUACUGCUGCGCCCUCGAGGGCGCCGACUUCGACCUGCUCUUUGACACGUGUGCUGCAAGGAGCGUCUGCCCACCUUCGUGGGCGCCCGAGGUGGCCAUCAAGGAGUGCCGUGGGACGGUGCUCUACCAGGCCGACGGCAACGAGCUUAAGCACUACGGGAAGAAGGAGGUGAGCAUGACGGACCAGAACUCUGGCGAGCCGCUGACAGUGAAGUUCGAGGCCAAAGGGGUGCGCAAGCCGAUCAUGGCAGCGAGUUCUGCAGUUGAUGCGGGCUACGGUGUGUGGCUGUACGACGGAGGCAGCUACAUCGUGAAGCCCGAGCAGGCGAAGGACUUGGCGAGCCACGUGAAGGACAACAUCGGCAAGGGCAAGUCCAUCGAGCUGAAGCGGAAGAACGGCAUCUUCGUCAUCCGAGCUCGUCGGUGCUCGACUGGCGAGCUGUGCCCGACGACGGAGAAGAGUGACGAGCCGAAGCACGUUGGCGGACGGCCCAAGCUAGAGCUCGAGGACAGCGAGGAGGCCAGGAGCGCGACCACCAAGAAGGUAGCGGUCUGGCCGAGCGCAGACGAGAGGGCAAAGCACGAGGUCACUCACUGUCCAUUCCGUGCCUGGUGCAGGUACUGCUUGACGGGCCAGGCGACCGAGGACCAGCACAGGAGUCAGGAAUCCGUCUCGACCGUCGCGAAGCUCGCGCUGGACUACUGCUUCCUAGCGCGGGAGGGCGAGCUGCAGAAGGCGACGAUACUAGUCAUCGUGCUGAGGCCUCCAGGCGCUGUUGGAGCCACGCAGGUGUCGAAGAAGGGAGUUGACGACGUUGCAGUGGAGUUCGUACUCUUCCACCUCGAGGCAUGGGGUGUUGGAGAGGUCGUCCUGAGGGCGGACCAGGAGCCCGCCAUCCAGGCACUGCUGGGCGAGCUACGCCGACGUCGGGUGGAGCACCACCGCACGACAGUCGAGAAGUCCACGAAGCACGACAGCAAGGCGAACGGCGUGAUCGAGGCCGUGGUGCGUAGAGUGGAGUCACUCACCCGCACGUAUGUGGCCGUCAUCGAGGAGAAGUUCAAGACCAAGGUGACGAGUCAGUCGGUGGUCCUGCCGUGGCUGGUCAGGCAUGCGGCCUAUGUCCUCACGAGGUUCGUCACGAAGAGCGACGGAAGGAGCGCUUGGGCGACGAUCAAGGGCAAGGAGUUCGCGUCGCCCCUGGCGUGUGUGGGCGAGACUGUGGACUUCAAGCUGAUCCGCAAGGACCAGUCGAAGCUCGACCCGCGCUGGGCCACAGGGGUGUUCCUCGGGCGGAGGGACGAGAGUGAUGAGGUCAUCGUGGGCACGGCGCGAGGGGUCGAGUUCAGCAGGACGUUCAGGAGGCGCGACGACAGCGAGCGGUGGGUCCAGGAGGAGUUCAGGACGUUCGUCGGUGUGCCCUGGAACCCGAGAGCGCCUACGACGGAGACACCGGUGGUGAGUACGAGAAGGAGGUACAUCACGCGUGCCCUGAUCCAGGAGCACGGCGAGAGCCCAGACUGCCCAGCUUGUCUGGGGCUGUCCAGCGUGCACACGGUGGCGUGCAGGGCUCGGUUCGAGGAGAUCUUCAAGGCGAAGGCGGAGCAGCCGAUCCAGCUGCAGCCAGCUGUGGGUGCCGCAGGCGCCGAGGCUGCGAAGCCAGUACCACAACAAGCAGCUCCCGCACCGCAGCAGGAGAUAAGUCCACCUCCAGGACUACAACUGCCAGCAGCCGCAGCACCGAAGAGAGAGAGAGAUGCUGAAGCAGCUGAGCCAGCAAGAAAGAGGCCAGUGAUCGAGGUGGUUCCUGCUGCGCCCAUGGACACUGACCCAGACGGUGAACCCAUGACUCUCGGAGCGCUCUGCGAGGAGGAGGUCUCACCUCCAACCUUCGACGGGGAGCUGUUCGCGGGGAGCUUCCACGACCAGUUCACGGGCGAGGUGCUGCCGAAGGAGCUGGUGCUGCAGGGCGUGAAGCGCGAGCUCGACGAGAUGGACGAGUUCGAGGUGAUGGUCUGGAAGAAGCGCAGCGAGAAGCCAGCUGGCGAGAGGGUGAUCUCCACCAAGCUCUUCCACACCAGGAAGGGGCCAGACUGCGUGCGAUCGCGGAUCGUCGCGCGUGACUUCGCAGGAGGCGUCUUUGCGCCAGAGCACUACGCGGGGACACCACCGACAUGGGCGCUGAAGCUGGUAAUCUCGAGGUUGGCGUCGAGAGGCAACUCGAGGCAGCUCGCAGCUCACGACAUCUCGGUGGCCUUCUUCCACGCUGAACUGAAGGAGCCCGUGUGGGCCGAGCCUCCGAAGGAGCUGAACUGCCCCGACUGGCUCUGGCUGGUGAGUAAGGCGCUGUACGGGAUGCGUGAGUCGAGCGCGGACUUCCAGCAGCUGGUGCGUGACACGUACCGAGAGCACGGCUGGAACAUCUUGUCGACGGUCCCCUGCUUGGCGUACCACAGCGAGUGGGACUGCCUGUCAGGCUUCCACGGGGAUGACUUCUACACCGAGGGCGAGCCGCACGAGCUGGACAAGGUGGACGCAAUGAUCACGGGCAGCUUCAAGGCCAAGAUCCUCCCGAGAGUUGGUCCAGCCGCUGAAGAGCAAGGCCUGGUGCUACGACGGCUUCUACUUUGGAACGCGAAGGGGUUCAUGCUGCUGCCUGACCCGAAGCACUUCGAGAACCUGAGCACGUUGCUGGACCUGAAGAACGUAAAGCCUUCCCCGACGCCUGUCAGCCGAGCGACUGGCAAGAACGCGAGGGAUGCCCUGGAGGAGCUGAAGCGGACCGAGAAGGCGAUCUACUGCAGGGGCACGGGCAUCUGCAUGUACAUCGGGCCAGACCGCUUCGACAUCCAGUUCGCCACCAAGCAGCUGGCGUCGGAUAUGGCACAUCCGACGCGUCUGAGCAUGAUGCGACUCAGGAGGUUGGCACGCUACCUCGCGGGGACGCACGACGUCGGGAUCGAGUUCCUCUACCAGGAGAAGUGGACGGACGUGGUCUACUCCGACGGCGACUGGAGCGGCGACGUACAGACAUGCAAGAGCACGUCGGCGGGGACCAUCCAGGUCGGAGAUCCUGGCGCUGGUCAUCUCAUCGAGAGCUGGAGCAUCACGCAGGGCGCUGUUGCACUCAGCAGCGCAGAGUCGGAGUUCUACGCCAUCGGCUCGGCGGCAGCACGCGGCAUCACAGUCAAGCAGGUGAUGCUCGAGAUCGCUGAGCUCGGAGCUGGUGUGCCAGCAGACGUGAGGCUGAUCAUUCGCACGGACUCGGACGCGGCCCGCGGGAUGAUCCACAGAGUAGGCUGCGGGCGUGUACGGCAUCUACAGACCAGGUACCUUUGGCACCAGCAGGCGCUGAGGGAGAAGCAGUUCGAGGUUGAGAGAGUGGACGGCAAGAAGAACCCGAGUGAUGCAGGCACGAAGCCACUGGAGCAGGAGGCGCUGCAGGCCUGCAUGAGGAACCUCGGGAUCGUGAGCAGGAAGAUCGCUGGCUUCGGGACGGACGAGGCCAGCCAGGUCUUGGCGACGCUGCUGCUGUUCGCGGCAGCGCGGACCGCCAACGGCACGUCGUACAUGGAGCCCAGCACGGGGGCCCAGGGUACGGUCGUGGAGGUCGCCUGCGCGGCAGGCGCGAGCGUGUCGCAGGGCGGUGGCAUGCAGCUCACCGCGUUCAUGAUGGUCAUCCUGAUCUUCAUUGGGAUUGCGACGGGCGUGCUCAUCGAGAGGCACGUGCUGAAGGAGCGCUGCGAGGAGCGCCGUGAGGUGACCGUAUGCCUUCGAGACACAGGCGUGCAGGUGGAGCCAGCACCCAAGAGCUGCGAGGAGAAGGGCAGUCAGGGCCCUUGCACGUAUGCGAGGCAUCGUUCUCAGCCUCGGUUCGUGCCCCUGCCAGAAGUGUCGUGGGGUUGA